AUUCUUCAAAUAAUGAAAUGUUCAUUGAAUAUUGUACUGAUCUAGUAAUUAAUUUCAUGCUCCGCUAUAUGGGAUGGAGGCACUUAUAACUUAUUAUUAUUAUAUUGGAAGGAGUAUUCCGUGAAUCUAAUCAAAUCAGCUUGUAUCACAGGAGAAUGUUUUUCUGCUUAGUUAGUUUUUGAAAAUGGAAGAAUAUAAACAUUUUGCAGAACUUCAAUUUGAUAGCGAUGAGGAAGAAAUUCAUUUAUUAAAAAUUCCAAAAGAUAUAGAUCCAAAUGUUCUGCUGCAUGCCAAGCUUGAUCUUACUAAAAAAUCUAAAGUGAAGGCACAAUCUGAAAUUUUUCAUUUAGAGCCUAUUUCUGAUGAGUGUGAACCUACAUACUUCCUAGGACCAAAUGGUUUAAAAAAAGUUGAACCAUCAUCUGUUUUACUGUUGACAAAGUCUGUAUCAAAAAAAAAAAUAAAAGGAGGUCUGAAUCACUUUCUGCAAUUGGAAGGAGAAAAUAAAAAGGAGAAUGUUGUUCCUAUUGAUUCGAUUAAGAAAAGACAUCCUUUAUUCGGAGAUAAAUACAAAGCAAAGGUUAAAUUACAAGAUGAAAUCAAACAAAAACUAAUGGAAGCAAUUCAUAGCUUUGACAAGAAUGAAAAAAACUCAAAACGAAAGAAAAAGCAAGUAGUGGAUAAUGAGGAAUAUGACGAUAAAAGUCUACUGAUUUCACAAAUAUUACAGACAAAAUUCAAAAGUAAAAAAUCAACAAAUGUAGAAAACACAGAAGACUUGGAUUCAUGUCCUACAACAUCGAGUAACUUCCAAUGUGAAAUAAAUAAUCUGAUGCACAAAAAGAAGAGCAAAAAAAGGAAAAGGAAACAUUGAUGGAACUAUUAGAGAAACUUGUUGACAAAGUAUCAUCACUAUGUAAAAUAUCAGUCUACUUUAUGUACUUGUUUGAAUGGAAGUCAAUCAAGUAUUUCUUUUCAUGUAAAACCACCAGUAUUGGAAGAUUAUAUUGUUUAACAGAAUUAUGUUAUGUAUUUUUGUACCUUUUCCUACAAAAAUUUUGAAAAAAGUGUACUUAACGUAUAAUUUUAUAAUAACAUUACUGAUAAUUGAUUAGGUUCUGCAUUGUGAUUUGCUUUUUUUAUGCUAUGUUGAUCCAAUAUAUAAAAAAGUACUUAGGUAACAAG